UUGGGGAUUUUUAUUUUGUGGUGCGACCACGAAGGGGACGGAUCCGAGAGAUUCGGGAGGUUGUUGCGCCGCACGCGUCGGGGAGGCAUCUGAUUGGUGAGGCGGACAUGGUUGCCGGCCCGGAGGUCAUGAAUCAGGUCGUUCCCAUGUUGGAGUCGUCGUUCCAUCGGUGCCCCGUCAAGGGGGUCGAGGAGGUGGUGGUCGUCGGGGCAGCGGUGUCGCCGCCGCCGACGACGGUGGCGUCGCCCAAGGCCGAAUCACUGCUGGACCUCGAGGUGCCCGAUCUGGAGUUGAAGACAUCACCGCAGACUCUAAAUUUUGUCCCCAACAUUAGAUCUGGUAGCUUUGCUGAUAUUGGACCCAGGCGGUACAUGGAAGAUGAACACAUCAGAAUUGAUGACCUUUCUGGCCAUCUUGGCUCACUGCUGGUGUGCCCAGCGCCUAAUGCCUUCUAUGGGGUUUUUGAUGGCCAUGGGGGUUCAGAUGCAGCAGCCUACAUGAAAAGGCAUGCCAUGAGGUUGUUCUUUGAGGAUUCAGAAUUCCCAAAUGCAAUAGAAGAAGAUGAUUUUUUUUCGGAAUCUGUCGAGAAUGCAAUCCGCAAAGGAUUCUUGAGUGCAGACCUUGCUCUUGCAGAUGAUUCAGUCAUCAGCAGAUCUUCUGGAACAACAGCUCUUACAGCUUUGAUCUUUGGAAGGCAGUUAUUGGUUGCGAAUGCUGGGGAUUGCCGAGCAGUACUAUGUAGGAAAGGCAUUGCUGUGGAGAUGUCUUGCGAUCACAGGCCAACUUAUGAUGCAGAGCGCCAAAGGGUGACUGAUUGUGGAGGAUAUAUUGAGGAUGGCUACCUCAAUGGAGUACUAUCCGUGACUCGGGCUCUAGGUGAUUGGGACAUGAAAAUGCCUCAAGGCUCACCGUCACCCCUCAUUGCCGAGCCAGAGUUUCGGCAGACAAUCCUCUCCGAGGAUGAUGAGUUCCUCAUUAUAGGCUGCGAUGGCAUAUGGGACGUCAUGACUAGCCAGCAAGCGGUGACCCUAGUCCGCAAGGGGCUCCGACGGCAUGAUGACCCUGAUCGGUGCGCGAGGGAGCUCGCCAUGGAGGCCAAGAGGCUCCAAACCUUUGACAAUCUCACUGUGAUUGUCAUUUGCUUUGCCUCUGAGCUCAGCGGGUGCUUGCUGCCUUCGGAACAGGCGCCAUCCAGGCGGAUAAGAUCUUGCAAGAGCUUGUCUGCAGAGGCCCUUUGCAACCUGAGGAGAUUGCUAGAAUCUGAUCAGUAGAUGAUGCUGUAGUAUUGAGAUCUUGCAAGGGUUUGUCUGCUGAGGCCCUUCGCAACCUGAGAAGAUUUAUAGAAUCUGAUCAGUAGACGAUGCUGUAGGGCUCUUGUUGUCCUGUUGGUGUAGGUGCCUCGUACGGCUGUUACGCAGCCAGCAAUUUUGUAGGGUAUGUUGCAGUUCUUUUUUUUCCUGUUCGGUAUUAUUUUGGUGUACAUACUCAACUGGUUCCAUGUACCGUUGAUCAGUUGUACUCAACUGGUUCCACGUACCGUUGAUCAGUUCGUUGGUGAAUCUUUUUCUUUUGACUCCAA